AUGAAGGAUGAGAAGUGGCUGCUAAGAAGGACCCUCCUGCAGCGAAUCUGCUGUGAGGAGGCAGCGCUGGCCCAGCUUGUCAUUUCCUUCUCUAAGCUCAUUCCAGAGUCGGCCCAGGCGCCCGGCGAGGAGCUAGCGCUGGGAGGCGGCGGCCCGAGGUAUGUGUUUUUCCGACAAAGUUCAGAACUGGUUAAGGACAGGCUAUGGGACUCAGUAGAGGAAGCUGAGAACAAGCAGCCACAGGAACAAGAAAUACCUCCAUCUUGCCUGGGCCUGGAGCCACAGGAGACCCUUCCGAAGGUGAGGAAUGUUCUGGAACAAUGCAAGACCUGCCCAGGCUGCCCCCAGGAGACAGCGUCCUGGGGUCUCUGUGCGGCAUCCAGCAACGUGAGCCUGCAGGACCCCGAGGAGCCCUCCUUCUGCUUGGAAGCUAAGGACGACUUGGAGGAUCCAGAGGCCCUGAGCUCACUGCUGCUGUUCCUGAAUACCUCCGGAUACAAGGCCAGCUUCCGUGACCUGUUCAACGUGGCACUGCCAUGGCUGAGCGGCAUGUUCUGCAGCUUUAGUGACAAGGAGGAGCUGACUGGGCGCCUGGCACAGGCCCGAGGGGCGGCCAAGAAAGCUGGCCUCCUCCUGGCCCUGGCCAGGCUCUGCUUCCUCCUGGGGCAGCUGUGCAGCAGGAGGCUCAAGCUGUCCUAGGCCCGGGUGUACUUUGAGGAAACACUGGGGACCCUGGAGGGCAGCCUCAGGGACCUGUUCCAGGUGGUGGCUGUGUACGCCAACCUGACCAGCAUUUACCAGAAGCAGAACCGGGAGAACUGUACACAGGUGGUUCCCAAAGCCAUGGCCCUGCCCCUGGGGACGCCCGGCCACAUCUGCAGCACCGAGGCGGACGGGGAGCUCCUGCAGCUGGCGCUGCAGUGGGCGAUGGGUGGACAGAGCCUGCAGGCCGAGUCCCAGGCCUGCUUCCUGCUGGCCAGGCACCACGUGCACCUCAAGCAGCCCGAGGAGGCCCUGCCCUUCCUAGAGCGGCUGCUGCUUUUGCACAGGGACUCAGGAGCCCCAGACGCUGCGUGGCUCUCAGACUGCUCCCUGCUCCUGGCUGACAUCUACAGCCGCAAGUGCCUGCCCCACCUGGUGCUAAGCUGUGUCAAGGUGGCCUCAUUGAGGACACUGGACUCGCUGGCCGGCUCGCUGAGGAGCGUGAACCUGGUGCUCCAGAACGCCCUCCAGCCCCACAGCCUCCCCACCCAGACUUCCCACUACCUCAGGCGAGCUCUGGCCUCCCUAACCCCGGGCACGGGCCAGGCACUGCGUGGCCUUCUCCACGCCAGCCUGGCCCAGCCGUACAACCACCAAGGCUCCCAUGGCCCGGCCAUCACCUUCAUGACGCAGGCAGUGGAAGCCAGUGCUGUUGCUGGAGUCUGUGCCAUCGUGGACCCCCUGGUGGCCCUAGCCUGGCUGCACAUGCUUCAUGGGCAGAACCUGGUGGCCUUGAACAUCCUGCAGUCUGUCCAGGAUGCAGUGGUGGCCAGCGAGGACCAGGAAGGUGUGAUUGCCAAUAUGGUGGCCGUGGCUCUGAAGAGGACGGGCCGGACGAGGCAGGCAGCCGAGGGCUACUACCAAGUCCUAUGGAGGGCUUGGGACCUGGGGCAGCAGAGGAACCAGGCAGUGGUGCCGGCCAACUUCGGGAGCCUGUGCCUGCACGUGGGUGCCAGCAGGCUGGCCCAGCACUACCUCCUGGAGGCCGUGCGUCUGUUCUCGAGGCUUCCCUGUUUGGAGUGUGGCCGGGACUUCACCCACGUACUCCUGCAGCUGGGUCACCUCUGUACCCGCCAGGGCCCGGCCCAGCAGUGCAAGGGCUACCAUGAGUGGGCCCUUCUGGUCGCCGUGGAGAUGGACCACGUGGAGAGUGAGUGCCCCAGUUCCUCUUGUGCGCCUUCUGGGGCCACUCGGCUGCGGGCCGUCCAGCGGCUGUGCUACUUCUACAGCGUCGUCUUGCCCAGCGAGGCCCAGUGUGUCAUCUACCAUGAGCUCCAGCUCUCCCUGGCCCUCAAGGUGACUGACAAGGUGCUUAGGGGGCAGCUCCUGGAGACCAUCAGUCAGCUCUACCUGUCCCUGGGCACCAAACGGGCCUACAGAUCUACUCUGGACUACACCAAACGAAGUCUGGGAAUUUACGUUGACCUCCAGAGGAAAGAGAAGGAGGCGCAUGCCUGGCUGCAAGCAGGGAAGAUCUAUUACAUCCUGCGGCAGAGUGAGCUGGUGGACCUGUACAUCCAGGUGGCACAGAAUGUGGACCUGUACACAGGCGACCCCAACCUGGGGCUGGAGCUGUUUGAGGCAGCUGGAGACAUCUUCUUCAAUGGGGCCUGGGAGCGGGAGAAAGCCGUGUCCUUCUACCAGGACCGGGCCCUGCCCCUGGCAGUGACUACGGGCAACCGCAAGGCGGAGCCACAGCUGCAGCUGUGCAACAAGCUGGUGGCAAUGCUGGCCACGCUGGAGGAGCCCCAAGAGGACUUGGAGGUUGCCCGCAUGGCCCUAGCACUCAGCAUCACUCUGGGGGACCGGCUGAACGAGGGCAUGGCCUACCACCGGCUGGCCACCCUGCACCACCAUCUGGGCCAUGGCAAGCUGGCGGAGCACUUCUACCUCAAGGCCCUGUAGCUCUGCAACUCGCCGCUGGAGUUCGAUGAGGAGACCCUCUACUCCGUGAAGGUGUACCUGGUGCUCGGUGACAUCAUCGUCUAUGACCUGAAGGUGGGUGGGAGGGGCAGGGCUUGGGGUGUUCCCGGUCCCCUUGGAGUGGGAUCUCCACCCAGACCCCAGAGGCCUGGGUUCCAGCCUUCCUUAGGAAUGGCCCAAGCCUUCAUCUCUUCAUCUGUAACCAAAGACAAAGCCUCCCCCAAGGUUCCAAAAGUGUGGAGAGAACGCAUGGGAAACGAGGGGCACAGAAGUCUCAGCAACAAAUCUACCAAACAUGAUCAACAUCACAGAAUAUUCAUCGAGGCUUUUGGCUGUUGUUUCUCCCCAAGUUCACUCUGGAACCAGAAUGGCAACACUCGGAACAGGAUGGUUCUCAGUCACUGA